UAUGCCUCGAGGUGUAACCAAUGAUUCAAUCAUCUCUCCGAGUCCCCCCGGCAUAACAAAUCAUCUCUCCCUCUCUCUCUCUCUCCCAUGGCAGUUUCUCUCUCCCCAUUUCCGCCCAAACCCCCCAAUCUCUCGCCUCAUCGUUGAGCUUCCAUUGAUCCUUCAACUGCAACUCUCGUCCGUGACUGCAUGGAGGUUUGAUUGGUUCUUCAGGUUCUGAUUCGUCUCCUUCAGCAUCGAUGCCGUUGUACAUGUAUAUGUAUUCAGCAGUAGCGAAGUAGAGGUCGAUGAGCUACCUCGGGAAUCCUGAUUCCCCGGCGCCGAUCACCUCCUAGAUGGAGAUCGUCACCGGAGACCGUUACGUCGAGAAGCUGGUGAAAUUCGUCGAGGCGCAGGCCGGUCCGCUCCUCGAAGGGACUUUGGUGCUGAAGCUCAACCCCGUGGGCCUCCACUACGUGCAAUCGAGGCUCGAGUCCCUCAGCGAGCUCGAGCGGCUCCUCGCCGGAGCUCCGGUUGACUACCUCCGCGCCUAUGUCUCUGACCUCGGCGACCACCGCGCGCUCGAGCAGCUUCGGCGGAUCCUCCGCCUCCUGACUUCUCUCAAGGUGGUCUCCGUGCUGCCGCCUCCGGCUCGGGAUCCUACGCCUCUCUCGCUGCUGCCGUUUGGGCGGCUGAAGUUUCUCGAGCUUAGAUGCUGCGAUUUGUCCACUUCCGCAGCCAGAGGAUUGCUCGAACUGAGGCAUACGUUGGAGAAACUUAUAUGCCACAAUUCUACGGAUGCCCUCCAGCAUGUUUUUGCGGGUCGAAUUGCUGAUAUAAAGAAAUCGCCACGGUGGAACCGGUUAUCAUUCGUUUCUUGUGCUUGCAAUGGCUUGGUUUUGAUGGAUGAAUCCCUUCAACUUCUUCCUGUCGUUGAAACUCUUGAUCUUAGUCGAAAUAAGUUUGCGAAGAUUGAUAAUCUUCGCAAAUGCAAUAAGUUGAAGCAUCUGGAUCUCGGGUUCAAUAACUUGAGAACAAUUUCAUCCUUGAGUGAGGUCACGUGCCAUAUUGUUAAACUUGUUUUGAGGAACAAUGCUCUAACUUCCUUACGUGGGAUUGAGAAUUUGAAGUCACUCGAAGGGCUUGAUAUUUCCUACAAUAUUAUUUCCAAUUUUUCAGAGCUAGAGAUACUUGCGGGCCUUCCUUUGUUGCUAAACUUGUGGUUGGAAGGGAACCCAAUAUGUUGCGCCCGUUGGUAUCGAGCACAAGUGUUCAGUCUGGUCCCUUAUGCUGAGAGGUUGAAGAUAGACGAUAAGGGAAUAACUACUAGGGAGUUCUGGAAGCGGCAGAUUAUUAUUGCCCGGCGGCAGAAGCAGCCUUCUAGUUUUGGAUUUUACUCCCCUGCAAAGAAUGAUGCAGAAUGUGAGGGAAUAAUUAACAGGAGAAAGAAAAAGCUAUCUCGUCUUGCUUCCAUUGAGAGUGAGGAAGAAAGUGUCUGCAUAUGUUCUGACUUAGAGUCUAUCUCAUGUGAUAAUGAGAUUCCAAAUAAAGAGGAAAGUGCCGGAAAUGAUGAUGAGGCUGAGAUUGUUGACUUGAUGAACAGAGUGGAACUUUUGAAGAAAGAGCGUUCUACACUUUGGCUGAGAGAGGUCAAGCAAUGGAUGGACCAGGGCCCUGAAUACAUGAAUGGUGUAUUGAACUUGAGGCAAGCAAAUAGCUUGACGAAUAACACAAGCCAGGGGCACUUUGGUGAAACCUCAAAUUCUAUUCAAGCUUCAGUAGAUGAGAGCAGCGCUAAUUAUAUAGAAUCUCAUAGUUCCUUUGCUGAUAUAUCAUCACAUCCUCUGCAUGCCCAUCAACACUUUACCCACAACAACUGUACGGGAAAUGGCGGGGAUCUUAAGCAGAGGAAGCUUCAACCAUAUUCUCAGGAAGGGAUCACUAGGCUGUCCGAGCAAUUUACAUGUUCCUGUUCUGAUUUCAUAGCUGCAUCAAAUCAAACAGGUGGAAAUCCUAGCGGAUCUCCCCUUACUGCGAUUGAUGAUGUUAUGGAUUCCCAUUCAUCCUCUGCUUAUCCUGGAUCUCCUCCUCAUUAUAAAGAAGACAUUCUGCACCGCCGCAAUAACUUGGUGGAAGAAAUUUUGCAGCUUUCUGCUGACUCUUUUUCUGUAGUAUCGUCUGAUAGCAAUACCAGUUGCAGUGAUGAUGAGCUUUGUGAAUAUGGGUCAUCAGUAUCGCAUAUUAACAGCCCACUAAAUCUGGAGGUCUCGUCUAAUAUUGUGGGUGGGCAAAGUAAUGGUAACACUGUCACAGAGAGUACCCAUGAUCUGAGACGUCCACUUCAACAUUUGGAAGGAAAUGGCCGGUUAGCAAAUUCUGUUGGUGAGCAAACAUCUUGUCUUCUGGAGCAUUCGUGGUCGCUCAACAAUGUUGGAUCUGCUCCUCAUAAUGAUGAUCCUGACAAUGAUCAUUUGAUCAACCAAGAAACUGGAUCUCUUCAGAAGAGCAGAAGCAAACGAAAAACAGCUAAAAGAGUUGUUGCUUUGUCAUAUGAGAAUGAUACAGUUGCAAAGUCAGGAAUAUCGCGAAAAUCAAGUGCUGAUAUGGAUUAUAAUGGAUCUGGAGAUGCACCAGGAGAUCGCACUUAUAAUCAAACUGCUACACAGGAAGUUGAUGAUGCCGCUGUUUCUGGGGGGAAAUGCCCAUUCGAGCAGAAUGAUGAAUUUAUAGCAAAUUAUUUUCAACUUACUGUUGCUGAAUCCAGAUCUACUGAGUCUUGUCGGCAUUAUCUACGGUGUGAUUGUGUGCUAGAGCAAGAAUCCAUCUACAGAGAAAGAGAAGUAGCUGUCCUGUUGAGCAGUGAACAACGAUUAUAUGUGCUACUUAUUGGAACCAGAUUUGACGGGUCAGGAACAAUCAUAAGCAUACUGGGUUGCCACAUGAUUGAAGAUGUUAGAGAAGUUUUAGUUGGUAUUGGACUUCAGGUUGUGAGGGUUCGUGUUCAUAGUGGACCAACUUAUGUUUUCAUAACAAGGAGCAUCGAGAAGUCAAGACGGCUGAUGGAAAUUUUGCAAGUUAUUGAUGCUUAUUUGUAUGAGACAGAGUGCCCUGUAAGAAGUUUGGAGCCUGUUCAAGUUGAACUGUUCAAUAAACAUAUAUGUGGAGGCUCCAAACUGAACAUGUAUCAGUACUCAAUGAUUCUUUUCUGGCCCAGCGGCAAGGAAGGGAAAUCAUGGUUUACAAGAUCGUUGUUUGUGACCAGAAGCCAUUUGAUAGUAUGUGUUGAAGAUAUCAAGCAGUUCGGUUCCCUCUCCAUGGGCUCCCAUUCACCUCCAUACUUCUCCCUAAUCUUGUGUUGCAACAUAGCUGAUGUGUCUGACAUGGUCAUUGAGGAGGAGGGAGAUCGGUGUGUUGUUUUAGAGCUCGAUUGCGCUUCGUCUCAAUUCCCGCCUGCCAUCAAUGUUGCUCCUUCAAGGAAAAUCUCAUCGGACACACUUACGUGGAAGCUAAAGUGGUUCUCAGAGAACAGUUGGAUUCAGUUUGUCACGCUGCUGAAAGCUCUCCAUGCCCAAACACCGUCUCCCUUAUUUGUAAGAAAUAUCCCGUGAGCCAUUUCCCAUCCCAGGUUCUUCCUUGCUUUUUGGCCUUUAACAUUCAUUUCAUUCUUUUAUAGUUAGUAUAUAUAGUCUCUGUCUUGUAGGUGAUUGGUUUGAUUUGUUGGUUUGGCAAGUGCGAGUGAGUGGUUUGGUUUUUGUGAGGUAAUUCUUUGAUUUUGAUUCUUUUCCUUCUACCAGUUAGCUGCUUUAUGUACAGAUUUUGUACAGUAUAAAGUGGAAUCAGAGGUAGCGUUCUUCUUGGUUAUGUAGUAUUUUCCCUUUCACUUAAUCA